AUGAAUGAGUUUGAGCUUUCAUACAAUGGAACUCCUUUCAUAAUCAAUCCUGAGGCUUUUUGCAUGUCUUCAACGAUCUUUAGUCAGAUCUAUGAUACUACUAUCCCUAGUAUGGUUAUUACAAAUGACUAUCCUCUCGAUGUUUUCAGAACAUUUUUGAUGGCCGUUCAGAAUCUCGAUUAUACUAUUGAUGAACACAAUGUCGAAGAUCUUCUUAGGCUUGGAACAGAAUGGGGUGUCCAAUCUCUUGUUAAUGAGGUUAACAAAUUCUUAACGCUCCAUUCCGUCCAAAACUCGGCUACAAUUCUCAUAGACAACUAUGAAAAAGGUGUACCAACCGCAGAGCUCGAGCUUUUCUGCGCAAAGGACUUUAAUAAUGUUUACGCAUCUGAAGCCUUCAUUAAGAUGCCAAUUGUCUUACUAAGAAGCGUUCUUGCCCAUGUAUUCGAAAACAGAGUCGAAUGGAAGGUAGAUGACAUCAAACUCGCUAUAGCUGUUAAAGAAAUUCUUAAAGUACACGGAGCUAACAUUUCAGAGUUCUUUGAGAAGCUUGAUUUCAACCAAAUCCCAUCAAUCGUCUUUUACACCCUCAUGGACAGCGAAUUCUUCAACAAAGAAAACGUUGCCGAUCAAAUCUUCGAAGCAACGAAGAAAUUGCUUGCUUCUCUCAAGUCCAACCGUAUUGAAUCAGAGAAAGAGCUCAAGAAUGCUAAUGUUCUCGUCAGUUCUACUCAGAAUAAACUCGAAAAUCUGAAAGUCGAAGUUCAGAAGGCCGCUGAGAGCAUUGACAAGAUAAACGAUGAAGCAGCAACAAAUGAGAACUACGUCAAGGCCAUUAAAGAGAGAACAGAGCAAAUGGAGAAAAUUUUGAGGGAUCAUGGCGAAAGACCACCACCAAAGAACAAGUCAAAGGGCCAGAAGUCACCAAGGGAUGUCCAAAAGCCACAAAACAAGGCUCCUAACAACCAACAGCAAAAACCACAAAAAUCUCAAAAACAAGACAACAAAUUCGCUCCAUAUUAUGCACCACAAGAACCUACUCAAGCAUCAGCUCCAUCACAAACCAACGAAAACAAGUACGCUCCACUUAGACAGAACCAAAUCCAACAAAAUCCACAGAAUCAGAACCAAAACCACCCACAACAGAACAAGGCAAAGAAGAACAAGAACCAGAAUAAGAAGAAGAACCAAAAUGACUCGAAAUUCGCUGUUUACAGACCUCCAUCAAACCAACAACCUUCUACGGAUGCAAAAGACACCCAGCAAGAACAAACAACCGAAACUAAAGAACAGCAACCAAAUAACGAAGCUCCUGCACCUCAACAAGAACAACCAAAUAAAGAGGAAGUUUCCUCCCAACAAAAUGCAGAGGUUGCUCCCCCUCAACAAGAGGAACCUCAUAAUGAAGUUGCUCCCCCUCAAGAAAAAGAGGAAGUUCCCCCUCAACAGCCAAAUGAAGAAGUUGCUCCACAGCAACAGGAUAAUGAUGCGGCUGCACCUCAACAAGAUCAAACAACAGAAGCGAAUGAAACAAAUUAA